UGUGGAUAUAACCCUUUCUGUGGAGAGAAUUUCACUAAUCCAGGGACACUCUCCCUCUGAAGAAUAUGAGUUUGAUGGAGUUUAAUAAUGUAGAGGACAAGAAUCUCUACCUUCAUGCCCCAACUUUCAUUGAGUGGCUCAAACCAUAUUCCUCUCCUUCAUAUCUAACUUCAUCUGUAUUAUCAUCCCCUUCUUCUUCUUCUUCUUCUUCUUCUUAUAAUCAGAACCAUGAGAAGACUAUCCAAUUUUUUCCUAUUUUAAGUGGUUCAAAGUCUUCAAAAGAGGAAGAACAUGAAGUACAAAUGGAGAGUUUUGAGGUGAAAAAAGAAAAGGUUGAACAAGUAACUGUAGCUUUGCACAUUGGAUUGCCUGACACUACUACUACAGUAGAUCCUGAAGCUGGUGAUGAUGAUAAGAAGGUUUUCCAUGUUAAGGAAGAAGAGCCCUUGAAGAAAACCUUCCAUGGUUGCUCUUUUAACACAGAGAGAAGGUUUUGGAUACCAACUCCUGCUCAGAUUCUUGUUGGGCCUAUGCAGUUUGCUUGCUCCAUUUGCAGCAAGACCUUCAAUAGGUAUAACAACAUGCAGAUGCAUAUGUGGGGGCAUGGAUCCGAAUUUAGGAAAGGACCAGACUCACUAAGAGGAACACAACCAGCUGCAAUGCUAAGGCUACCAUGUUAUUGCUGUGCACAGGGUUGCAAGAACAACAUCAAUCAUCCAAGAGCUAAGCCCUUGAAGGACUUUAGAACUCUCCAAACUCAUUACAAAAGAAAGCAUGGGACAAAACCAUUUAUGUGUAGAAAAUGUGGGAAAACAUUUGCAGUUAAAGGGGAUUGGAGGACUCAUGAGAAGAACUGUGGCAAGUUGUGGUAUUGCACUUGUGGUUCAGAUUUUAAGCACAAAAGAUCUCUUAAAGAUCAUAUUAGAUCCUUUGGAAAGGGUCAUAACCCACAUGAUCCUUCUUUUGAAGCUUUUGAGGAUGAGAAGGAAUGCAUUACUGGCUCUGAUGAAGAUGAAGUUACUCAUACAUGAUCUAACAUGUUCUAUAAAUAAAGAGUAGUAGUAGUAACAUGUAGCAAUGUUUGGUCACUACGCUUGUGCUCAGUAACAAAAAAUUCUCAAGAAUUGCUUAGGCAUGAACAUAGGGAGCGGUUUGCUACCGAGCACUUGGUGGAUGGUGAUGAGCUUUCAGUUUAAUUUGGACGAGUUUGCUUUGUGGUUAAUUAAUAAGAUGGUUGCCUCAAGUGAUGAAGUAGAUGAAUUUUCUUCUCAUAGCAACAGAGAUUAGGUGUUAUAUCAUGUUCAAGUUUUUGUAAUCUCUUGAAUGGAGAAAAUUUAUCCGCUUCAUUACUAAAUGGUAAACCUCAUUUAAGGACUUAGCUAUGUAAGUCUUUUUAAAAUCUGUGACACUUUUGAUAUAUAUUUGCUGGUUAUGGAUAGUCAUGGUUUGCUAGACUAUUAUUGUGUGAGUUUUUUUUUUUUUUUUUUUCACAUAUCAACCGGUGUGUGAAGUCUUAAUGGACCGAUUAAUUUGAUUUUCAGUUUGAAUCUCUUCACCUUUCCUAAGAAUUAUGACUCUCAUGAAUUGAACCUAC